GUAUUGGAACUUGACGACUCUCCAAACCAACAUUAAAUAAUUUUGCAGCAAAAGGAUCACAGGUCUGAUGAAGGAAGGACAAAGCUUUGUAAGGAGUUGAUCAAAAUGAAUGUUUAACUACAACAAUUCAUACAGAUAUUUGAAAGCUUACUGCACAAAGGAUUGAUUUCACAACAGAAGCACAAGCAGAAUCAGAUAUGUUCAUGUCCACAAAAUGCUUUUGCAGUUGCACAUCUUCUGAAGGACUGCAGCACACUUUCCCACUAUAUGGACAGAAAGCCAGACUGCCAUUUGAGGUUGAAGGUGCCCCUGCAUACGUUCAACCCAAUGAACAAUAAAUCUAACAGAAUUUUGUGCCCAAGAUCAUGUAAAGACACACACAACACAGGCUCACGUAAGUCAGUGCACAACGGUAGUGAUGCAGAAGGUAAAGGCAACGCCAGAAGCAGAGGAACAACCAAGAAUGCACUGUGCCGCUGUUGCUGAAGCAUAAUAUUUCCAAAUACAAGCUUUUGAGAAAAAAACAAACAUUGCAGGACUGUAAGUUAUCCUUCUGGCCAAUGCACUAAGAGACAGCCCUUUGAUAAGUACAAGAAUCAUUUGAUCUUCUAUAUGUAUUGAUUCCGAAGUCUCUAAUGUUUUUAUCAUCACUUCUUGAGAAUUACAAUGGCAUUGAAUGAUGUAAAGCUUUUAGGGACAUGGGUGUGCCCAUACGUCAACCGGGCUCAGCUUGCUCUAAAGCUAAAGUCCAUUGAUCAUGAGUUCAUUGACGAUAUUCAUUUCAAGAAAAAUGAGAUGCUCCUCAAAUACAAUCCUGUCCACAAAAAGAUCCCGGUUCUCGUCCAUGGGGACAAGCCGGUUUGUGAGUCCCUAAUCAUUGUGGAGUAUGUUGACAACGCCUGGCCUAACAGUCGAUCCAUUCUCCCCUCUGAUGCCUAUGAGCGCGCAUUAGCACGUUUUUGGGCUGCCUACAUCGAUGAAAAGUGGUUUCUGUUAGUUAAAGUUCUUAGAGAAGCUGAAGACAUCGAAGAACGAGCAUCACUUGCACAGAAAAUCUCAGAAGGGCUAGUGGUACUAGAAGAGGCUUUUGUUAGAAUAAGCAAAGGGGAGACAUACUUCGGAGGCAAAAGUAUCGGUUAUUUAGACAUCAUUCUCGGAUCAUGCUUGGCUUGGCUGCGCGUGACAGAGAAAAUUGUCCAAGUAAACCUGCUAGAUCAAGCCAAGACUCCCAAACUGGCUAAAUGGGCUGAUAGCUUCUGCUCAGACGACGAUGUUAAGGAUAUCCUUCCAGACACUCAGAAACUCCUAGAAUUCUAUAAGCAGGUCCAAGUUUGGAUGAAAGCUAAAUAGUUUUGUACCAAAGGAUGGUGUUUUACUGAAUUUACGCGCCUUUAUGAAAUAAAAGAACUCUUUUUC